AUGAUGUCAAGUAUGCUGCUCGCGCUGUUGGUUGUGACGAUGGUGACUGUCCAGGGCCGGCCAGAGAGGGACUGCAAGUGCCCAGAUGAGAAAGACCCAUGGUGUGGAGAUGAAGGAGACUACGACACAUUAUGUGACCUCCUGUGUCAAGGAGACGAAAUAGUUGGACAUGACACAUGUGAUAACAUUGAAAAUUGUACAGAUGCUUUGCCUCCCCUGCCCGAUAAAGAAGUCUGUGCUGAACAUGAUGUCACAUUUGAAACCAUUGAAGAGAUGAAAUGCAGCAAAAUGGAAUUUGUACAUGACGGUGAAUGCGUGUAAAGAAGAGCAGUAAGGUCAACAAGCAGAAGAAAUAAG